AUGGAGCCGGCUAAUGGCAUGGACGGCAGCAGCAACAUCCAGCAGCACGAAGGCAGCAAUAGUCCGCCGUCUUCAUCAAAGCGACAGCGCGCAAAGCAAGCCUGUGAGCCGUGUCGCUUGAGGAAACGUCGAUGCGAUGGCAACCUCCCGUGCAACAUGUGUACACAAUUCGAGUACAAAUGCUAUUUCGAAAAACAUCCUCGCAAGCGAAGCAAGCUCGUAGAGGCCGGCGAGGCGCUACAUGAACGAGAGCAUCAUGCUGGCCCGGCGCGAGAUGCGCCAAUCUACGAAGACACUCCUCCUCGACCCGAGCCAGUCAAGGAAGACAGGACGAACUUUGAGGACCAGACGAAGGUGCGGUCUAUGGAGGCGAACUCGAGUAUUGCGUUCACACGACUGCUUGGGCUGAGACUGGAUCCAAGUUCUGGUCCCAAGCUGUUCACGUUUGGGUGGAAUCUGGGUAGUGGCGAACAUGUAGUUCCACUUUCACCCUCACUCACAGAUCUACUGGGACAGGACCAAAUGUAUAGCUUUGCGAGACUCUACUUCCUCAAUGUACAUAUCCUUUGGGGCUUCCUGGAACAGCGAUGGGUAAUGGAGCAGCUAGGACUGCGGUGGGCAAGGCCCGAAGUCUGUAGACUACCAGACCACAUGCUAGCAGGCAUCGCAGCAUUGGGUCAUCUAUGGUCGAACGGUCAGCAGAGCUUCGACAUCAAUCCGAUAGUCAGCCUUGCCAAGCUGUCGCUGGAGAACACUAGCACGAUGCAGCCGCCAAGUCUGAUUGACGUACAAUCAUGGAUGCUGCGCACAUUAUAUCUUCGCUGCACGUAUCAUCCGCAUGCAACAUGGAUGGCGAGUUGUACGACCAUGCAUUUGGUAGAGUCGACUGGCAUACACCAGGAGAAGAGCAAUCAUGCGCUACAUUCUCAUGCCAACGAUCAUCUGAACGACUCCGAGAUUCGAGGUCGCACGUUCUGGGUGGCGCGCAUGCUGAACACUUGGGUCAGCUUCGAGUAUGGCCGAACGCGAGUAGCCUUACGAGGUAUUACGUGCCAGCUUCCUUCGCCGCGAGAAGGCGACUUCACUACAGAUUAUGUCAAUCUAUACAGUGUAUCAUGCUGCCUGGAUCCCGAGCGACUCAAUCAAGCGUCGCAGUGGGAAGACUUCCUGAGACAGCUCGAAGACUACGAGGUCAAGCACGAUGGUAUCAUGCUAUCGAAAGCCAACAUUGCGCUCUGUGGGUACCGUCGGAUACGAUUGUCAAAUCCUGCAUUGUCGGCAGACAUCACAAACCGCAUCAUCAGCAUUGGGCUCAACGGACUCGAAGCUGCAAGACGACUAGCGAACGAAGGUCAGCCAUGGUGGCACGUCGCAAAUGUGCCCUUUCAGGCAGUCUGCGUAUUCCUGGCUAUGGAUGUCCGAGAGUCUCUAGCACACAUCUCAAACGCCGUGCGGACUCUCGAAGAAGUCACAGCACGCUUUCCCACUGUGGCGAUGAAAGAAGCUCUCAAAACCGCACGCUUCCUCAUCCGGCUGUCUAAGAAGCGUAAGGACGAGGACUCAGGCAUACUCGGCCAAAGCCUUCGGAAGGAUGCAGAUUGUGAUCCGAGACCUGAGAACUUGGCAUCACCACCCAUCGCUGCUACACGUACAAUGUCUGUUGCACAACCACUGGCGCCGCAGGCUUAUAUGAACGGUACCGUGAUUGCGCCACAAACAGCUGCAGGCGCUGCUAUGCUGCCGCAGCAGCUGAACACGCCUCAAACGGCGACAAGUGAGGACUGGAGUCUGGACAUCUUGAACAAUAGCGACUUUGAUUGGAAUUACUUUCUUACUGCGGACAUGCCGGCUUUCCAGAGCUUUGCGCCGGAUGGAACGAUGUGA